ACUGUGAAGUCAUGGCCUCAGCUCUGAAGUCAGACCCCUCACAUCUGAGAGAACUGGAUCUGAGUGACAACAAGCUGCAGGAUUCAGAAGUGAAGCUGCUGUGUUGUGGACUGGAGAGUCCAAACUGUCGACUGGAGACUCUGAGGUUGAAGAGCUGCAGUCUGUCAGAGAUCAGCUGUUCUUCUCUGGCUUCAACUCUGAGGUCAAACCCCUCUCAUCUGAGAGAACUGGAUCUGAGUGACAACGACCUGCAGGACUCAGGAGUGAAGGAGCUGUGUGGUUUUCUACAGAAUCGAACCUGUCGACUGGAGACUCUGAGGUUCUGCAGUCUGUCAGAGAUCAGCUGUUCUUCUCUGGCUUCAGCUCUGAGGUCAAACCCCUCUCAUCUGAGAGAACUGGAUCUGAGCUUCAACCACCUGCCGGACUCAGCAGUGAAGGAGCUGCUUGAUCUUGAGCAGAGUCCAACCUGUCGACUGGAGACUCUGUGGUCAGUAGAUGGUUGGAGUCAGUCCACGCUGCUUUCAUCAGUAUGUUACUAAACACAGUCAGUAUCACAGAUCCAGGGUCUGUGCUACCAAGCAGGAUUUGUGGUUAUCAGGUUAACUUCAGGUUUAGUUUUUCAGUUCUACGAAGCUCGUCCACUUCUUAACGAGGUAAAUCACCAUGGUAACUUCGGAUGAUGGCUAACCUGCUCCAGGUUAAGUUGGAGAUCAACCCGUAUAGAAGCUCCGCCCACUGACCACAGUGACUCUACACUGUUGUGUGGUGCACACUCUCCUUAAAGGGACGGAUAAGGGAGGUUUAAAUCAACGUCGGGUUGGUUCAGUUGAUCUCUAACUCACCCAGAACAUCUCAAUGUCUCCAGACUCAUCCUGUCCCCAAAACACCAGAUGACCUCAGUCAGUUUCCUGAAGAUAGGUCCAUGUGUUUCUAUUGAGU